GCCGCAAACCUACAUGUAUGUAUUGCCGGUAUAUGAUCGUGUGUGUAUGACAGAAUUGUCUUUGGAAGUCCUGCCUCUGUUUUUGCGUUUGAGUGGUGUCACUGUCGAGGGGGAAACUACAUAACUACUUAUUGAAUGUCCAGGAGCUUAAUAUCUUGAUGGCUGACACACGGAGGGUACCAGUCCAGCUGAGGCUGAUGACUUAUCUAUGCCCAGGCCUACCCGUUGAGAUCUUUGAGAUGGUUGCCCACUAUCUGGAGGAUAAGAUGAAAUGCCCAGUCUACCUCAUCUAUGAAAGCCGCUGGCCUGGUCCUCCUGCCGAUAGACCAGACCCAUUCACAUUGGAUCAUGUUGAUAUAGCUUUCAUGAAUGCAGAGCCUUUUAUGAGGUUACUUGAAAGGGUCAAAGACCAGGCUGAAUUACUUCCUGUGGCACCACUCUCUCCACACCCCAAAUCAAACAACAAACCUGUCUACUUCUCAGAUGUAAUAGUUCAUGCUGAUAACUGUGAAAAAUAUAAAGAGUUCAAGGAUAUGAGAGGGGUAAGAUGGGCCUACUCCAGUCCUAAUUCACCCAGUGGAGUCCUGACUACGCUGAAAGAGCUUAAGAAAAGAGGAGAAAGUGUUAUGUUCUUUGGUCACAUCGUUCAGUCAGGAUCACAUGUGAAAUCAAUUGAGAUGGUUGCUGACAAGACAGUAGAUGCUGCCGCAAUCAACUCUACCACCCUUAGCUAUCAGAUGAAGAAACAUCCUUCACUCGCAGAGAAACUACACAUCAUGGAAUCCUGGGGACCUUUACCAGUACAUCCCAUGGUGGUCAACUCAAGAAUGUCAGCUGAACUGAAAAGUGAGAUUGCCAACCAUCUACUCAACAUGCACAAAGAGAAAGUAUGGAAGAGGAGAAUGGAGGAUUUUACAUUAAAGCAGUUUGCACCCGUUACCAUGGAUACGUACAAAGAAGGUGAUGAACUCCGUAAAGAAGUUAGUAAGCUCAGUAUUGAAGGUACUGUGUACUAUUAACAUCCAAUUUGGGAGUGUUGCUGCCUGUUCGUGUACACGCAUUUAAAAUUCCAUCACUAAGAGACAAUGGUUUGUCUUGAUAUGCAUGGUUUCUGUGGCAGUGAUGUACUAGAAAUACAGAGGUUGGGAAAUUUUACACAGUCCCACAUGUAGACUCUCAUGCACUCUUGCAAGAAGAGAUCAAACGUGAGAUGCUUGAUCAAUAUAUUAAGCCAUCUCAUAUUAUCUAGACCAAAAUAACAUACUCAUUGAAACCUGUAUAUAAACUGCCUAGUGGCUAAUUGAUACGUGAAAGGUAAUCAAAUGGUCUUAUGUGGAGGUUUCAUGAGAACAGUCUGCAAUAGAAUAAAAAUGAAAUAUGUGGUCUUUGUAAAAGACAGAAGGUCUUUCUUACAAGUUAUCCAAGCUUCAGUGCAAAGUACUUAGUAAAAUAUGAUAAGAUUCUUUAUAAUGUGUAGUCUACAAUGUUAAUGCACUAAUACAAACAUUUUUCCAUAGUUUUUCUAAGUUUCAAGAACAUUAUAAUAAUUGAAGCUGCCAAUUGAGCCUGCCAUACUUAUGGAUAUAAUAAAAAAAAAACUUUGAAAUUCUUUGAAUUGGUAAUUUAAACAUAAUUAUAUAAAUAGUAGAAGCCAUAGAUUGGGCUUAUCAUAUUCUGCUUUAUUUUCAGGAUAGGGUAUAGCGUAUGUCGGUAAUGUUAUGUCUUGUUCGAAGAUAUGUUUAUAACUUACCUUUUCCAGUAUAAAUGCCAUAUUAUGGUCAAAACUAGUGAUUAUUAGUAGUUGAAUCUUAAUCAUCAAGAAGCUCAAGUAUAUACGUGUACUAAGUUACAUUAUUAACACUUUUCUUAACAUCUGUCAUUUGAAAGUGGGAGACCUGUGUAGAAUUUAUAUUAUUUAAAGGGGCAAGUAAAUGUUUUUCAUUAACACUGGUGUAGGGCUUCCAGUUUGAUUUUUAUUUGUAUCUAUAACCUUAUGAAAAUUUAAUCAAUGUUGCAUAUAAUUUUUUUUUUUUUUUUACUACAAGACCUUAAAAAAAACUGUUAGUAUUAGCAUAAACUCUAUCAGAGUGAUGACAUCCCCAACACUGAUGAAAUACUCUUUUUUUUUCUUCAAAACCGUGGUUAGUAAAAUUGUUGGUAGAGCUGGAGUGGCCAUUGAAUUCCUUUACAUCUCAGAUGGUUAGAUGGUUUUCCAGUCUAGCUCAGGAACUUAAUUUCAUUCCUAUUUACCAAAAAAUUCCAAUCCGUUCCUUUUGAAUUUUAUAUUUGACCAGAAUGUUUAAUAUAUCACUGCAUUUAUGAUUCAAAGUCAGGAAUGAUCAGGUAAAGUCAUUCAUUGUUGACCAACUUCAUGCACUGCUUGAAGUUUAAUGUAAUGUCCUUAACUCUCUUUGCCAGGCACAGAAACAUUUCAGGUUUUCAAACAAUGCUACCUCACAAUAGCUUCUCAUGGUUUCAGGGCUAUAUGGUAGGCAUUAUUGAGGUGUGAUUAUAAAUAAACUAUUGACAAUAUAAUGUUAAACUAGAACAAUGGAUUCGCUUGCAUGAGUCAGACCCAAUUGUUCUGCAUUGGUUACUCUAUUGUUUCAAACUAGUAGAGUGUAGUCAUUUAAUGCUGAUUGUCUCUACGUAGGUCCAUUGUCUGAGAUGGUAGACAGUGGUUUCUUAAUGAAGGGUGUGAAACGAGUUUGAUGCUCCAAUGCUCCCUUGGUAAAGCACCAUUCCUUGUUACCAGGUCCCUUGGAAGGGCACAAAUCCAUUUGUCCUGUGGUCAUGUGCCAGUUUACAAGCAAUGGUGCUUUCUUAGCGGCAGAAGACAAAGUAUUAAUUCCAAAUAUGUAAAUGUCAACUGCUGGGUUCCGCCUUCAAAUUCUCUAAUCUUUGGACUUUGGGCUGGCUUUGUUUUAAUCAUUGUACAAAUUAGUCAUGAGGAAUGAGUGUAAAUGAGCGCACAUUUACAAUAUCAUGUUUUCCAUUUUUUGUAUAUUGCCAAUAAUUUUUAUUGCAUUACAUGUAUCUAUGAAUUGAUAUUUUAUAGAUUCUAGGAGACUUCAGUCACUCUGUCACUGUUGUGGGAGUGUAGGCAAUUGUUGUUACCUACUAUGUCAUAUAUACGAACACGUGUUUAGUGAGGAAAAAUACUCCAAGUGGAUGUCUAGAUGACCAUUUCAACAAGCACACUUUUGAUAGUGGACAGAGUAAACCUGUUAGGAACUGUUAACUUCUAAUAGACAUGGUAUGAUGAUUGGAGAGUCUUGAUCUGUUAGAAACCUUAAUAUGCAAACAAAUAAAUACAAUGAACAUCAAUGUUGUAUAUAUGGCCUCUAGGUAUUUUUGUCUUUUUUUCCCAAAGUAUUUCUUAGAAAGUAUUCCUAGAUCUUCCUUUGUGUACCCUUAUUUUGGUAAAUAUAAAUGGUCAAGAUUUGUUUGAAUAUAUUGUGAUUGCCUUGAAAAGUCAGUGUGUGAAACACUCUAAGCACAACCAUAUUUUUUUGUAUCAAUCUUGCUUGUACCAAUUUGUACCAAUCUGUUUGUCGUAAAUGCAAUGUCAUAAAUUAAAACAAGGGAAUUUUAUAUGUACAUUGCAAUCUAUAUGUUGUACAGGUCUGUAUGUCUAUUUGAAGAAAACAAGAAAUCUAUGUUUUUGUCCAAAGGGCAUUGCAGGUUGGUGGGGCUACGCAGAGUUCUCAAAAGCUAUUUUCACAACUCACUAUUAAGUUGACGUGGUUAAACCAUGGUUUGAAUUUAUUAUUGGUUUAUCCAUCCAUAGCUGAACAACUUUUGCCACUUUGUUACUACGUUUAAUGUGGUGUUUAAUAAAGCUGUCCAUAAUGACUGAAUGGAAUAUGGAUUCUAAGAUAUUUGGAGCUUUGCUUCCAAUAUCGAGAUCUUUGAUUGUGAUAUCUAAUAUGGUACAUCUCUAUCUCUUAGAGGACUAUUGGACAUUGCAUCAUAGGCAUUGUGAGGACAUCAUGUAGACAGCACAUCAUCCACAAAAAUAACUGUCUUAAGGAGGGUAAUGUGCGGGAUGAAUAUUUCUAAUACCCUUGAAAUUACAAUAGUGUUUAUUUUUCUAAGCUUUUUUUGCCGGUGCUUGGUAGAUUGUUUAGAAAAUCAUAAAGCUUGCCAAAAAUAGGUUAAUAUUUGAAUUAACUACAAAGCUAAAAAACUGAUUUGCUUUUCUCUGGAAUUACCUGUAUUUUGAUUGGAAAAUAAUAUAUUAAGAGGCUAUUUGAAUCUCAACUUUUAUUGUUCUAAACUAUUUUAUGUAUUGACCCUCUCUCUCCUGGUUGAUCUAAUGAAAUAGAUAACAAGUGAACGACUAUUUAGUCACACUUUCCCCAAGAUGAGCCAAUACAAAUGUCUAUAAUGCAUUGAUUUCUUGAAAAAAUCAUUUAAUGUAUUUUUGUAGAUUAUGAUUUAUAGUGUCUCUAAGUUUUGGGACGGAUACGUAACGAUUAAGAGUGAAUUGAUUACAUUGACCAGUUCUGAUUUAGGAUCUUGGUUAAAAUCAUAUUUGUUGGUAUAGCAUCUAUUUUGUAUAAUAAGCAUACAUUUCUGCUAGACAUGUAUUUUAUGAAAGUGGUUGCAAGUUGCAACACAUGCUGUGAAGUAUGUCACUGUCAUCCAUACUAUUAAACAUACUCUAAUCUUUGAAUCUUGGAAACUAUAGACUUGAAAAAAAAUGCUGCAGGAUCUGAGUGUGACCUUUCAAUUUUAGUGCAUUUUUCCUUUAAAAAAUGUAUAAAUAUGAAUAUAAUGCCUAUAUCAAUAUAUUUUUCCCAGUGUGUGAUGUAUAUUAGUGGACUUUAUAUCAGCUAAAUUUGAAUUGCAUCAGCUCAAUGUAAAGGGUGUGUGCAAUGUUGAUUUUCUAAUUUUAACAUGAAUCACGAUUCAAAACACAAUUACAAAAUAUAGAAAAACCCCAAACAUGAUGAACGGUGCUCUGUUCAUUGUGAAAAUAUAAAACUGAUUAUACGUUCAUCAUUUGUAAAAUUCCCACACUGGUUAGCACAGCUUACUGUGCAGUUUGACCCAUCACAAGAAAGGUUAAUUCUGGUGCAUGCUUGAGUAGGCUUCCACUAGGAGAACAAGUUUAAAUAUGUUUAAUACUCAAUUGUGUUCAGUUUCGCAUUUUGUUGCAUUCACAAUGCCAAAGGUCGUAAAAUCUGAGCUGAUCGUGUCUCCAAACGUUCCUUUUUGGUGAUCAAAUUUCAUCGGAAUGGUGAUCUAAAAGACAUUUACAAAUUACAUUUGCGACACGGAAUGGGGACAUUGAAUACACCCUUGGUUUCUCAUUGUAUCAAUGUUUUGUAAAUGUGUUUUGAAUGAUUCGUGUUGCUGUUUCAAUUUGAAAAUCAACAAUGUACACACCCUAAGACUCAUCAUUGAGUAAACUGCUCCGGCCUAAUAAAUAACAGCUAAUUAUAAUUUUUUUAACUGAAACAUUUUGGAUGGCAAUAAC